UCCCCUCACUUCCCUCACACUUUUCAUUCAGCAACCCAAGAUGGCGGCAGCCCCAUCCAUCCAGCCGCCGAUCGUUCACUCUCCUAUAGCCGGGGAGAGCGCACUUUCCCCGGAGAUGGACAGCCCCGAGAGCAGGCAGCCGGAGGAUGAGGAGGCGGCGGCGGCAACAACACAGCCCUCCGACUCGGAGAUUAGCCUCCGCGACCUGCCCGACCUGGAGCCGGAGGAGAUCGAGAGGAGGCUGGCCAAAACUCGUAAAGAGCUGAGCAACAGGAGGAAAAUCCUCAUUAAGAACCUGCCGCCUGACACCACUAACCAGGAAGUCCACGAGAUUCUGAAAGAAUAUGAACUGAAGUACUGCUUUGUGGACCGUAACAAAGGCACAGCCUUUGUGACUUUGCUGAACGGGGACCAGGCUCAGGAUGCCAUCCGCUCCCUCCACCACAGCACUGUCCGGGGACGCUUGAUCAACGUCACGCUGCAGCCCACCGACUCCCUUCUCUGCCUCACCAACCUGCCCCACACUUUCACCGCCCAGCAGUUAGAGGAGCUGGUACGUGCCUAUGGGAACAUCGAGCGCUCCUUCCUGGUGUACAGCGAGCUGACGGGCCACUCCAAAGGAUAUGGGUUUGUUGAAUACAUGAAGAAGGAUUCUGCUUCACGGGCCCGUUCUGAGCUGCUGGGCCGACCACUGGAUGAUCGCUCAUUGAUGGUGCAGUGGAUGGACGUCAACCAGUUGAGCCAAGAGGAGAACCUGCACUCCAAGUGUCUGUGUAUAAACCGGCUGCCGCUGGACCUCUGUGAUUCUGAAGAACUUACCCAGCUCUUCUCGGAAACCUACAAACCUGUCUUCUGCCAGCUUGCUCAGGAUGAGGGCAGCCCAGUGCGAGGCUUUGGUGUGGUGGAGUAUGAGAACUCGGAGCAAGCGGAGGCUGUGCUGAUAGAGAUGGACCGAACACUGGUGGGAGGACAAGAGGUCCGUCUGUCGCUCUGUACACCCGGCACCUCAGGACGAAGCACCCUGGCUGCACUUAUCGCUGCCCAGGGUAUGAUUCUGAGUAAUAGGAAAGGUCUGCUACCAGAACCCAACCUUGCCCAGUUGUUAACCAGUAUGACCAACCCUGCUGCCCUGCAGAUCCUCAUGAGGCCAUACCACACUGGGAAAAGAGGAGGGAAGUAUGGACGUCACGCCAGCCUGCCAUUUCUCAGACCUCCUCUCACCACAGCUCUGCUCACACUGGGAAAAGCACACCAGAAUGCUAUGCUGGGGAAUGGACUAGUCCUCCAGAACCUCUUGCAUAUGCAGCUCGCACAGCAACAGCUUCUUCACAUCAAAGAGAAACGCCUCAACAAUGUCUCCAGUCUGCUCGGGGACCCGUCCAGGCUGCUGAUGCAGAAAGCUUUGUCUCUGCGGCCUCCAGGCCUUGUGUCCCUGGGGAAAGGCCUCCUGGGAGACUCCCCUACAGAGCUGGGCCAGGAGUCAAUGUCAUCCCACAAUGCCACAGUAGUGGUAUCAGCAGCAGGUGUGAUGCCAUACCUCCAGGGUCGAGCUGGAGGGGGAGAACUAAACAGCACCCAUUCUAUCUCCACAAACCCUUCUGCUUCCUCUUCUUCCUCCUCCAUCUCCUGUGACAGGCAGUCAGCUCCUCCUGGGACCAUGGUGAACUCUCAUCUGCAGGAACAGUGCUAUUCCUUGGGUUUUAGUCACUCAGGCCUUGGGCCGCCUCCACCUAAACCCCCUGGAGGAGUUUAUACGUCAACAGGCCAGCGCCACAGCUCGGAUGGCUGCCCCUUGGCUAGCAUGGUAAGCAGUGGUCAAGGCUCUCUAUUGGGCGAUCCUCCAAAAGAAGUGAGACUGCCCUCUAAUCCUUAUCUGAACCUGGCCAGUGUCAUGCCAGGGAUGGUUAUGCAAGGGUCAGUGGGGAGUAAAGCACAGGGAGGACAGCCUGGCUCUGGGGUUUACGGCAACUCGGUUGCUCCUGUCGUCUCCCAGGGUCCCGGCUCCUUCUCCCACAACGCAACAGCUACAACCACAGCCCAAUACAGCACUGAUACCUCCACUGACUACAGCCAAUACAACCAGGCCUACACACAGGAGGCCAUGCAGCAGUGGUACCAGCACUACCAAGCUCAAGCUCAAGCUCACACCUAUAGCAACGCUGCUCAGCAGGACAACACUGCCACAGACUACAGCAAAGAGCACACACAGGCUCCUCCGGUGACGACCUAUGGGGAUUACAGUUCCUACAUGCAGGCAGUCACUCAGUACUACUCCCAGCCUGCAACAGCCAACCAGGCCUAUGCCACCAAGGAGGUAGAUGUGUGUAAGCCUCUAGGAGUCUCUCUGCACACAGUCAGUAACGGUGCAGCCCCUCCACCAGCCGUCCUACCAGCUGCUGCCGUGCUCCCAGCCUACAGCACCCUGCCUUUAAUGCCCGGCUUCCUGGGUGCACCACACCCAGCGGCAGCCACACCAAGCCCCGUCACACACACACACACUGCCGCCACCACCGACUGGAACACCUACUACUACAACCAGACGAGGGGCCAUAAAAGGGAGUACCCUCAGCUAGCAGUGCAGGAAGUGACAUCAUCAGAUGGCACCUACAUCGGGCAGCAUUCCCAAGGCCUGGGAGGGCAGUACGCUGACUACUUUAAGAGGAAGAGGCUCUAGUAUGAACCAAACCAACGUAAAGCCAAUGGAAGGAAGCGCACACACACACACUGCGUCUUCUGGAUGUCACAGCUCCCUCUAGUGGCCUUUCUGUGGCUGCCAUUUUGCCUCCCUACAGUACGUAUUGAUUUAAUAGAAUUUGGGGUUGCAAAUGGCUCAAGUGAAAGCAAGCCAUAGUGCUCUUUGAUCCUGGCACUAAUGUUCUCACACACGCACACACAAUCACACACACACACACACACACACACACAGACACAUACACAGUGUUGCUUUUGUCCUGUUCAAGCCUUAAACUCUUUAACUUAAACUGUUGUUUCUUAGUUAGUGUGUCACCUGUAAUAGAAUAAUAUUAUCUUGUACAUUUUUCUAAUAUAAUGUAAAGUAAAGUAUACUGUAUCUAUACGUAUAAGCUGCUUUUGUAUCUGCAGCCAGGCAACCUGUCUGCCUGCCUGCUGAAACGGUCUUACAGCCAGGUGUCUCCCUCUCUGUCUCCUUUCAAACUCACGCUUUGAUUUAUGGAUCGGAUUGACGUCCGUUGGUUCCCACUUCAGUGUCUUUUCUCUUUUGCUUGUAUUGCCCAGAUCUCCUCUUUUAUAUCUCCACGCUGUGGGGAAUUAGAGUGUGUGUUUGAGUGUGUGUGUGUUUACGCGUGUUGAUGCUGUUUCUGUAGGAAGUGUCAGCCAUUUCAAUCCCAACGUAUGGGAGCACAUCAGGAAAAACAAGGGCCUGAACCUUAAUUGUGGUGACUUUUACAAUGGCUUCCCUCAAUGAAUGGACGUUUCUUUAUAAAGACUGGGUAGAAAAGAAAAAAGCUGGUGUAAAUACAGUGUGUAAAACAGAGUUUAUAAAGCCAUGCGUACCAGACAAUAUCACAUUUAAUGGAUGUUUCUCAGCUCUCUUGUGAGCGUACUACAUGAAUGACAGGAAAACAUUUACUGUGUGUCUGACUUUUGUUUUUUAAAUCUAUACUCUUAUUUAUUUGUAAUAUGAUAUAAUAAUAUUUUGAGGCAUUGUGUUGACUUAAAUGUACUUAUCUGGUUUAGUUUUUAACAUUUAAGCCAAAUAUUAGGACACAGACCUUUCUCUUUUCUCUGAUUUAACACAUUGGGGUGUUUGCGGGAAGAUCUGUUGGGAUUGUAACAGCAGCUUUACUUCCAUUUCUGGCUGCAGUUAAAAUA